UUGCGCGGCCCGGGCCGGAAGUCGGCGAGUUCCCGGGCGUGUGUCGGUGUCUGUGUCUCGUAUCGGCGCGCGGCCCGGGACGAUCGCGGGGGAUUCCCGUCCGUAGGCGUCACCACUGUCACCACCAUCACCCACGGAGCCGCUUCCAGAGCGCGGGAGACCCGGCCCUUCGCCGGGCAUUGAAGAUGUUGCCCCUGUCCAUCAAGGACGAUGAAUACAAACCACCCAAGUUCAAUCUGUUGGGCAAGAUCUCGGGCUGGUUUAGGUCGAUCCUGUCGGACAAGACGUCUCGGAACCUGUUCUUCUUCCUGUGCCUGAACCUCUCUUUCGCUUUUGUUGAACUCCUCUACGGCAUCUGGAGCAACUGCUUAGGGCUGAUUUCCGACUCUUUUCACAUGUUUUUCGAUAGCACUGCCAUUUUGGCUGGGUUGGCAGCGUCUGUUAUUUCGAAAUGGAGAGAUAAUGAUGCUUUCUCUUAUGGGUAUGUCAGAGCGGAAGUGCUGGCUGGCUUUGUCAAUGGGCUGUUUUUGAUCUUCACUGCCUUUUUUAUUUUCUCAGAAGGAGUUGAGAGAGCGCUGGCGCCGCCCGACGUGCACCACGAGCGGCUGCUGCUGGUCUCCGUCCUCGGGUUCGUGGUGAACCUGGUGGGGAUAUUCGUGUUCCAGCACGGAGGCCACGGCCACGGGCACUCGCACGGCUCUGGCCAUGAACACAGCCAUUCCCUCUUUAACGGUUCUCUGGACCAGGCCCACGGCCACGGGGACCAUUGCCACGGUCCGGAACUGAAACACGGCGCUGCGCACAGUCACGACCACGCACACAGCCAUGACCAUGGACACUUCCACUCCCACUCGCACGAUGGUCCCUCCUUCAAACAGACAGCAGGACCCAGCAGACAGAUUCUACAAGGUGUGUUCCUGCACAUUCUAGCAGACACGCUGGGGAGCAUCGGGGUGAUCGCGUCCGCCAUCCUGAUGCAGAACUUUGGUCUGAUGAUCGCAGACCCUAUUUGCUCCAUCCUCAUAGCCAUGCUCAUCGUCGUGAGUGUCAUCCCUCUCCUGCGGGAGUCGGUGGGCGUGCUGAUGCAGCGGACGCCGCCGCAGCUGGAGGGCGCCCUGCCGCAGUGCUACCAGCGGGUGCAGCACUUACAAGGAGUCUACAGUUUACAAGAACAGCACUUCUGGACCUUAUGUUCUGACGUGUACGUCGGGACCUUGAAGUUAGUAGUAGCACCUGAUGCUGACACCAGGUGGAUUUUAAGCCAAACACAUAAUAUUUUUACUCAGGCCGGAGUGAGACAGCUUUACGUACAGAUCGACUUCGCAGCCAUGUAAGGAGCGAAAAACUGCUGCUUUGGGGACCGCGUUUUCCUGGUACUGUACAAUCCCGAACGUUGUACCCAGCUUUCCGAGACAGGUCGUCACUACAGCGCCAGCCCCAGAUAGACCAGCACGCCCGGUCAGCACUACGCGGGCGGUCACUGCUGGGGGACCAGGGCGCGGACCCUCCCCUGGACUUGGGUCUGGCCCUGUGCUCUCCCCUCCGCACCAUUGUGAUUUCUGAGAUUCUGGCUUUGUCCCAGGGUGUUGCUUUUUGUUUGUUUCUCCUUUUUCUUUUUUCGUUUCAAAUGUCCUCACGCCACCCCUCCUCUUGGCCAGUAAGAAAUUCAGAUUGUGGGCCUGCAGUUGUCUGGAUCGUCUCCACUGAGGCUGCUGGAAACUGCUGCUCUCAUUCCCACAAAACCAGUGUUCUUAAAAAAAGAGAGAGAGCCGGGAAUCUGUUUUAUAUGUAAUGUCACACUCGCUGACGUUCUUCGGUGUAAUCACAUGUUUGUAAAAUUGUUUGUACCUUGCAAACUUAUGAACCAAACCAUAUUGGGUUUUCAAAGUGCCUUCGCCUCAGAAAGUGUCUGCCAGCACCUAAGGUCAUGUGUGUUUUUCUAAGUGGAUAUUCUGUAAUCUGCACAAAGUAAGACUCUAGUUAGCGGUGUGUACAGUCUGUCUUUCUGUGAACUUCCAGCAGAGGUUUAGAUAUAUGGAAAGUUUCCGUUCAUUGCUUUAUCUCAUCAAAAAAAAUAAAAGGUGAUUUUUUUUUCUUUUUAAAUCAGAUUCAAUAAUUACAUUAAAUUAUUUUGUGAACUGUGUUUUCAAAACUUUGCAAAUGUAUCUGUUUUAGAGAGUUGUUUUGACUUACUCCGCACAUGUGCUAGAUUCCAGAUUUCUACAACAGCUACUGUGUCUGUGACAAACUUUCCCGUGUCUGUCCUUGCUGCUUUCUGUGGGUUCUGGUAAUGAAGGGAGCAGGAUUUUAUGAAUGGCGUGAAGACAGCAGUGAUGGUGACGUGUCACUCUGCUUCUCCAACCUUCCAGUGAUGUCACACGCCAGGCUUGCUUGUGCGGGCCUCACACAGACGUUCCUACGCCGGGACUGUGGACGCACAAGCAAACGUGGGAACAGAACGCCCCCUCACACUGCAUCUCAGGACUCACAAAUAAGUUCACUUCUAGGUUCCUGUGUGUGAAAAGCAGAAUCGCAAUCGGAGAUGACAGGUGCUCGACCAGUCCACUUACACAUUCCGUCUAAUGAGAUGCUGAUGUGGUUGGCGUGUCCAUUGUACUUCCUUCUAUCACGGUGCUUCUUCCCUUGCGACUUAGCAGGUUGCAAACUGCAGGAUGGAAAUGGCUGUUUAAACUGUAGAUUGAGAAGCAGCACUUUCCCACGGAUGCGGCAGACAUUGCUGUUGGUUUUGUCUAAGCUCUAGUGUGUCCUUUUCCCUGUCUCUGACCCAUGAUCUAUGAACGACGCUGUUAGGAGGACUAGACUGCGCCCUUCCUGCCUUUCUAAGCUGCCCGCGGCCACGGGCUGCGGACUGUCCCCUUUCUGCAGACUGAGCAGUAUUUUCAAGUCUCCUGACUGCCAGGCGGUGCCAGCGCUGAGAACCCUGCGGUUGACUGUGCGGAGCCGAAACCAUUGUUGCGCUGUCGGAGGGGAGGUAUACAAGGGCACUUCCUGAGAAUGGCACUGCUGCUCCCGCGUCAGUGUGAGGAGCGGCACUUAGAAGCCUGGCUGGCCUCGGGGGGUAGGUGUAUGCCAGGAAGGACAGCCAGGCGAAGGCGGGGAUUUGGGAUGUGCGCCCUUAGAAACCAAUUGUGCGUGAUUAUAUUGCUAUUUCCCAUCUAGAAUAUCUGCAGUGGCCUGUAAAAGGUACGAGUGCGUUCUGAGGGUCCAGUUCUGCCUUUCGCUGAGCCCUCUGUUCCUCGUGAAGUUUUGUGCAAGUAGUAGCACCAACAACACCCUCAACCGACAGGCACGAGUGUGGCUUUCCCUUCAGUGAGGCAGCGAAUAGGGAGUACUGGUGACGGGAAAGUCUGCUUUGCGCCUGCCACCAGAGGUGGUCGGGUGGCACGAACAGUUAUGCUGGAAUGAAGUGCCUCUAAACGUGUGUGUGCAGUCGGAAGAGAUCAGCGAGAAAAAGCAACCUUUCCUCACUCUUAGGAACUGCUUUGUCUCAUCAGUGUUGUUGACCCAGAUGUAUCGCUAAAGUAGCCCAUUUCACUGAGGAAGACUGCUUGAUUAUUGUUAUAAAAUACACUCAGAAUAUCCCUCUUGUUGGGCUGACCUUUGGGGGGAAUCUCUGAGUAUCUAGUACAACUUUGCCAAUAUUUUAAAAACCAAAAUAUUCUCGGAGGACAAAUUUCUACAGCUCCGGGGACGCUUGCCUUGCCAAGUAAGCUUCCCCACGCGGAAGUAUCCACACUAGUUUUGAGGAAGGGCUACUCUCCUCUCAAGAGGAAGGGCUUGCCCAGCUCUGUGCAGCUCCCUUACCUGGCCGAUCCCUGCGUAGGACGGCUGCGUGUAAAUGUAGCUGCGUGUUCCCCACCGCCAUCCUCACGGUCCCCACACCGUCUUCAGCAGGGGCCUGAGGCACUGGGGUUCCCUCGCUUCCAGGCCUCGGCAUUGAUGCCAGUAACCAAAAUACUGUGACUUCUGUGCACUUUGUAAAGCAGCCAAUCAUUGACCCCAGAUGCAUUGGCUGGAGUCUGCUGAUGUUUUUCCUACUAUAACCCAUUUUAUAGAUUGUUAACAUGAGCAAAAGUAUUUCAUUGCUUCACACAGAAUCUGACAUCUAAGGCGCCUGUCCUUCGAAGCAGUCUGUUCUACCUCUCAUUGUCCAGAUGAGAAUGUCAAGCCCCCAAAAGCUGCCUUUCACUCAAGGUCACAGAGAUGAGUAGCGGCAGAGCCAAUAAAACCUGGGCCUUCUGACUCCAGGUCAAGAGCUUUCUACCCCCCUGUGCCGCCUCCUUACGGGGUAGCUGCCUUUCUGUCAGUGGGACAAACAGCCUUGUAAAUAAAGGCCCUUGCCCUCCAUUUUUGGUAAUGAACGCACUUUAUAAAUGGAGUUUUAGCGUCUUACUUUUCAUACCUAAUUACGAGGUUUAGAAUAGUAUUUCUGUAGUAUCCUUUAUGGAAGAUAAAAUUAAAUAUUUUUACUUUUUUAUUCUUUGUGAAGCCAGUUUCUGAUUACAAAAUGUUUUUUGAUGACAUCUGUGUAUUGGAUGCUUCUAACAUGAGUGGGUUCUGUUAACUUGCCAAGGCUGAGCCAGUGGAAGGAUUGCUUCGUUCUGCUCAGUGUGCAUUCUGGGAACUUGUCCUCUCAGCCUCAGGUCCUGCCUUUCCGCUUGCUCCUCUAGCAGGCGGUCGCUGCAGAGCCUGGGAUCGCCGCACGCUGUUCCCAGAGCCACACACAUUGGGCCUUACAUGUUGUCCAGAACAAAACCGAUGUAAUUCAGGAGGGUAAAAUCCUGAACUCUUACCUGAAUCCCAAAUGCUAAACUGCUACUUUCAAUUCUUCAUAAAAGCAUUACCUUGAGAAAGGUGUUCUUGUUUUCUGUCGCCAUCUUCAAAACAAAUUAUUUCGCCCUGGCGGGAUGGCUCAGUUGGUUAGAGCGUUUUCCAGACACGCCAAGGUUGCAGGUUCGAUCCCCGGUCAGGGCACAUACAGGAGUCAAUCAAUGCAUGCAAAAAUAAGCGGAACAACAAGAAUCGAUGUCUCUCUCCCCCUUCCUCUCUGAAACCAAUCAUUUUCCAAGUCACAGGAUCUCUGGCGAAAAAGGAAAUUAGCCUUUCGGGAACGUGGACUGAAAGUUUUAUUCCUGGGAGACUGUUUCGACCUCAGAAGCCUCAGUGAUGCAGCCUCAGCCACAUUCCAACGGCAAUGACACAGAAAGGUGGGCUCCCACCUUUGCAAAGUGUUCCUGUGCCGGCUCUGGCUGUGGGCUUUUCAUGUGACACAUCCUCCCAUCAUCUCCUGUGCAUAAUUCCUGCCUUUGCCCCUGAACUUCAACUGCAGGCUAAGAAGAACAGCCAGAACUCCUUUAAGCACUUUGAAGCACUUAAAAAGAAAAAAAAGUAAGAAGUGUUGACACUCACUGAGCAAGCUGCUAAAGGGACUGGCCUGAAGACAGCCAGUGAGAGACGCGAGCUCAUGGCUAAGAGACAUGAACGUACCGGAAGUUGCUUUUUGAGAAGUACCAACGUGUUCCAAGUAAGCUUUUCAAAGGACCAACCCUCUUUCAUGAUCAGUAGUAAUCUAUGCUUAAUCAGAUCCCCAGACCCCGAACUGGGCCUGGAUUUACACCCACAUGCGCAGGGGCUGUGGUUAGCUGGUAGGUACUGUAGGUAACAGUGGGUGCCAUGGGCUGGGUUGGGACAAGCAGAAGCAGUCCUAUGCUGUUUAUUUAUUGCACAGCCCAGCUCAGCUCAGCUUCUCUUUGGCAUUUUUGUACAAAGAAGUGACUUUACAUUCCCUUGGGCCCUUUCUUUUUUAAGUAGCUUGGUGAGCUGGUCCUUCAUAACAGAAACCACGGACAGAGAUGUGGGCUAUUAUGCAUGCUGGGCAGGAACUGGGCAGAGGUGGGCCUGGAACCGGCCAGCUGGGCCACCUGGAUUUUGUAUCCAAGUGAGAAAGCACAUCGUCUCCCUUGUUAUAUGGAAAGUUGCCAUGUUCCUAUUGCUUUAAGGACACGUAGAACACAUCAUCUGUUUCAUUCACCCCAGAUGUACUCCCCAACACUUCUCGAGAGAGAGCUUGGAGGUGCCUCCAUAAACACUACCUGCAGUGAUUUAAAUACUCCUGGGAGUUUCCCCGUUUCCCUCUUUUCCUCUCUGGAUUAUAAAUCUUAGAAGAGCUUCCCUGUAUCUCCUCAUUUCCGCCCUCCACAUUGCUGCUGCCCCGGUGACUUCCCCUUCUACUGGUGGAAACAGCUUUAUUUUGAACUUGAGUAUUUGAAUUUUGUUUAUACAUUGCACAUCCUGCAUUGAUGAGGCUCAGUGAAGAUUCCUGUUAGAACUAGAUGUGUCCCUGGCAAGCGGUUGCCAAGUUAGCCCACUGCUUCUAAGAGCAUCGAAUUCAGUGAUAUUUUUGCCCAUGGGAUAUCAUGCCCCAACAUGUUUGAGUUUGAUUAGUAAACAGAAUGGGCCUUUCUGUCAAAUACUGUGACGGAAACAUUGCCAAAUCCUUUCCUGGUAGUCUCAGUGCCCCACAACACCUGGCCUCCUGUCUUGGGCGGCCUCCAGACUGGUGGCCACGGUGGAGUUUGGGUUUGGUUCCUUUGGUGAAGACUGUGGCCUGAACACAUUUCUGAGCAAACGUUUGCGUGCAAGGCGAGGCUGGAAUGUCAGUUUCAAAGACUGUCGUAAAUUGGUUUCCAUGUGCGGAAGUGAGUUCAGUACCAUGAGCCUGUAACGUAGAUUCGCUUUCUGUUAUCUGAAGACAUUCAUGUGUAUGUUUUGUUUAACCUCAGAUGUAUUUAAUACGAAUAAACAACUAUAUCAAACUUCUAAUAAAAUUUGUUUAAAAAUCUA